AUGGCAAACAAAUACUUAUUUCCUCUGUUUCUUUCUCUUAUAGUCAUCUCUUCUGUUUCAGCUAACUUUCAAAGAGACGUUGAGAUCACUUGGGGAGAUGGUCGUGGACAGAUCACGAACGAUGGAGAGCUUCUCACUUUGUCUCUAGACAAAUCCUCUGGCUCUGGUGUCCAAUCCAAGAACGAGUACUUGUUCGGCAAAAUCGACAUGCAGAUGAAACUCGUCCCUGGUAACUCCGCAGGAACAGUCACAACACUCUACCUGAAGUCACCUGGAACAACAUGGGACGAGAUUGACUUCGAGUUCUUAGGGAACCUAAGUGGAGAUCCUUACACACUCCACACAAAUGUAUACACACAAGGAAAAGGAGACAAAGAACAGCAGUUCAAACUCUGGUUCGACCCAACAGCUGACUUCCACACGUACACCAUUAUAUGGAACCCACAACGAAUCAUUUUCACAGUCGAUGGAACUCCCAUUAGAGAAUUCAAGAACAUGGAAUCUAUUGGCACUCUCUUUCCCAAGAACCGACCUAUGAGAAUGUAUUCGAGUCUUUGGAACGCUGAUGAUUGGGCCACCAGAGUCGAUGGAACUCCCAUUAGAGAAUUCAAGAACAUGGAAUCUAUUGGCACUCUCUUUCCCAAGAACCGACCUAUGAGAAUGUAUUCGAGUCUUUGGAACGCUGAUGAUUGGGCCACCAGAGGUGGUUUGGUCAAAACCGAUUGGUCUAAAGCUCCUUUCACUGCCUCUUACCGUGGCUUCAACCAAGAAGCUUGUGUUUGGUCAAACGGCAAGUCUUCUUGUCCUAAUGGCUCGGGACAGGGGACCAGUGGCUCGUGGCUGUCUCAGGAGCUUGACUCAACUGCUCAAGAAAGGAUGAGAUGGGUGCAGAAGAACUACAUGAUCUACAACUAUUGUACGGAUUCGAAGAGAUUCCCUCAAGGUCUUCCAAAAGAGUGCUUAGCUUCCUAG